AUGGCCCGUGUGAUGGGAAGAGCGGGCUCGGCCUUGGCCGCAGCUAGACGUGCUCCCAGUCGGGCUGUUCAACGGAGAGCUCGCAAACACAAAGUGAUCAUGGAGUCUGUGACCCAAGAAAAGAAGAAGCUCCGAAGUGUUAUCUGUUUCGAGGCCAAAGCACCAAGUGGCUACACCUUCAUUCCAGCAGGAAAUCCUCAGCUCACCACCUCAUGCAAGGAGCGGUGUCGAAAGGAGAAUCUCCAAAUCUACGCAGUCUCGACUACCCCUCAUGCUCGCACUCACAACCUUUCUCAGCAUGUGCACCGGAUAGGCUAUCAUUUUCCGAGCACCGUGGUGGCUGCUGUUUGUUCAGAGUUGGGUCUCUACCUCACAAGCACUGGAAAGACGUUGCCCAUCUACGCUAUGAGCAUGAGAGAGAACCACUCUCGGGCUGGGUCUGAAGUCUCCCAAGUAACUCUGAAUACAGAUGCUAGAGACGCAAUCAGGGAUCUAUUUCCCAACAUCCCAGAUAAAGAUCUCAACCAGAUUAUCAAGACUGCAUUUCAAAAGGGCCAGAAAAAAGUCGGAACUGCCACCGAAUUGCCCAUGGCUCGGAGGGCACAGCUGGCAGUGGUUGCACACAUUCGUCAUACUAAAACUGACUACGAUAGCCUCUUGAAAAAAUUGUCCUUCCAUGAGGCACGACACAGUGUUGAGCAUAUGACUCUGAAAACAGUCAUUGAAUGGCGAGGGGAUGAUGAGAAUGGCCAGACAGUCCUUGAGGAUGUCUUCCGCGAGGUGAUCGUCAUCUCUGAUGACGAAGACAGUGAGUCAGAAGAAGAUGCGAUACCUGGCGCAGGCCAUCAGAGCACCAGGGUGGAGAUACUCCCCAGUGACACUCGGGCUCAUGAAAUUCGGACUCCGCUCAUCGGCAAUGCGAACCGUUCGGGCCAGGGAACUCCCCGGGAGCUAUCCGAGGAAGCACCGCCUGGAUUCAGGUUUGUCCCAAGAAUGGCGGCGGCAAAAAAUAUUGUCGACCGUCGAGGAUUCAGCAGGUACCAGGCAUGGAACCGUGCUAUCAAGGAAUACAGAGAGGGCAUGCAAGAUACCCAGAAAACCAGAUUUGCUGGUACCACUGCUGAAAACAAAAGUCCGCGGUAUGCCACGCAACGUAUUGCCGCUCAGGAAGUCCCUGUUUCUAGGCGCCCGGACGUCGUCACCCACGCUGAGGCUCAGCAACGACUCAUUCCAGGCUCAGCCAGUAUGGAAAACCAGGUGCAACGAUCUACUUUACCACUAAUGGACCGGCAGGUGGCCAAGGGGAAUGUAGGCGUCCAGGGGACUUACGUUCCCUCGGACUCCCAACAGAAAGCCUCAAAUUAUGAGAUCAACGCUAGGCCAAUGGGACUAACCAACCAGGAAUCACCUGAACUGCAGAUAUUGGAAGAACUCUCCGGAUCCAGAGGUGUGAAAAUGGCCUCGGGUAUCCCUCCCACUAGAAUGGACUCCAGGUUUCGGUACAAAAGACUGCCUCCUCAGUCGGAGGACAGAGCAAAUGCACCUGUGUUUGUGAGCGGACCCAAGGACAUCGCCCAGAGUAGCGAGGUCCCCUCUAGACGUCGUCCUGACCCCAUCAGUUCCCUUUACUCUUUACCAGGUUCAAAGCAAGCAGAGCGCAUUUUGCCAUCCAUUGAAAAUCCCUGGUCGCUAGAGAGCCGGCGAAUUGACGGUUCACAUCCUUUGGUCAACAUGGCUAAAAGGAUGUCGCUCCGCUCGGUCACGCCAGGCCGUCCCCAAGGGGACAUGAUGCAUUACGACCAGGACACCGAACAGGAUGGCAACAAUGACAAAGCCAGCAAAAGAAGGCGUUUGUACCAUGAGGGUUCUCGUCCUGAAACCCUACCCGGACCAAGGCCCAUCGGGAUUCCCGUUUCCGAAGGGUUUGGGCCAAGAGAAUCCUAUCGCCGCAUCGACCUGGCUCCGGAACACCGACCCCAGGAUCAAGUUCAUCUUCGUCGAGACUAUAUGCCAAUGGAGCAACCCGUUGUAGGACGCCAGAGGAGCCCCGUUUCUUUUGUCAAUCCCCCACAUGCCAAUCUCGAUGCAAGACCAUUGGACCGGCAGCAUAUCGAUGGACCACAUCAUCAUCGCUCUCAACCUGAACAUUUAUCCAGUGUUCUUGUCUCGGAGGGCGAUCGCACCUUCAGAGCUGCACCGGCCGUCUCCAAUCCUGGAGCUUGGCAUCAGUACGGUGAUCGUAGUCUCCGCAUGCCAAAAGAACCGCGCGCGCGAAGUCGCAUUGAUGGCGGCCGCCUUUUGCCAGAAGAGUUUCACCAGGACAGGAACUUGUAUGCCGAUGGCUUCGUUCGCCACGUUGACAUCCGGGAACCCCCUCCACUUGAAUACGUCUCCCGGCGCCCAGGACCUGAGGCUAAGCCGACUGGAGAUUCUUCUCUGCCUGUUAGGACAAGAAUCACUGAUUAUCCUGGCACCAAACCUUUUUCUUACGCCCAGAUUUCCCCGGACCAACGCGGACCAUUGCCUAUGGGGUCACGAAUGGCCCCCGUUUCCCACAACCACGUCCGCACACUAUCUGAAUCUUCCCCGGGGAAAAGCCAGCCUCAUGUGUCCCCUUCUCAAAUUCACAGACCACUCAGUGGCGGGUUUAUCUCCUCGCGACGGCCACCGCCUGGCCUCCCUCCAUCUUCCCUGGCCAUGGAGCAAAACCGACCCGUCUACGUCCAGCGAGUUGAUCCGAGGCCAUCCUACUAUCCUGUCUCAGACGGCAGACCUAUUGUCAUUGUUGAUUAA